AUUCACAUAUAUAUUGCAUAGCCCCCAAAACUUUCCUUUCCCUACCUUAUUGACUCUUCUAAGCCCUCUAUUGCAUAGCCCCCAAAAUGCUCGACGAAAUUACUGCCUGAAACUAGAAAGUGUGCUGCGCGCUCUCGUCUCUGUGCGAUAGAGUCAACAAUGGAGGACGAAGCUAUGCAGACGGCACCAGAGCCUCCGAACAAGAGCCCUAACUCGGAGCUCUCUCCCCAUCCUGCCAAAAUCAGGGAAGAAGGCGAGCUGUCUUCCGACGAUGACGACGAAAAUACCAUUUGCUCCGUUCCACAUUCCACUGCUAGCAGUGUACCUACUUCAGGGGCCAUGUUGGUUCCACCAAUGAACAAGUUCACCCAAGGUACUCAAGAGGGUAAGGCUCUAUGCGGAAAUGUUCUUGCAAGCUCUGCUGAUAUUCGGUCCCAAACAUCCGUACAACCUACUUCCCAGAAAAUCAAUGAUAAAAACCGAAUACCAUUAAAAUCUGCCACACCGGGAUGGCGUGCCCCUCUGGGCGCCAACGAUGAUCUUGUGAUACGCUUCUCAGAUGAUGACAGCGAUUCUGGAGAAAAAGAGCACAGGAUAGAAAAGGCCAGGGAAACGAAAAUUCAUGUGACUGGAGUGGUAGCCAAUGGAAAACCACCUACUUCAUCAUUUGCCAGAUCAAACAUUUUACGACAGACAGCCAGGAAUGUGGAUAAAGUAAUGCCCAAAAAAAUGUCUAUGAAUCGUACUUUUAUCUCAUCGAUGACCAGAAUCCGUGGAGUUGAUUCUAGGGAUUCUGGACCUUCAUCAGUUAAUCAAGGAUCUCGAGUUAGAAAUUUUAAUUCCAUGAACAAAAAUGUAGUGAGCCGAGAGCGUGGAUAUGAUCAAGGUGUGGGCUUGAACAAUAGUAAACUUCAGGACUUGCGGCAGCAGAUUGCACUCCGGGAAAGCGAACUAAAGCUUAAGUCUGCCCAGAGAACUAAGGAAUCAAUUACACAUGAAGCUAGUAAAUCCAGUGCGAGAUAUUCUGAUGUAAUAGAGGGAGAACCGAAAGAGCCAGACAAGAAACGUAUGAAAGUUGGUGGCUCUUUUUCCACCCAGCUAAGUGCACUUGGCCCACAAGAUACACCUGUUGCAAAAUCUACUUUAUCAUCUAAACUCCCAGCAGUGGAAAACAAUAAUCCACCAGAAAUAGUUAAGAUCGAUCAUGGCCAGAAAGGAAUUCCAAUAGGUCCAACAGAGUCGAGCAUUGAAAAAUCGAAAAGUCAAAAUGAUAAACAUGUUGCUGGUAUAUUGGAAAAAAUUCCUAGUGGAGUGAAAUAUGGUGCUGGCAUCGAUACUAAAUGCAUCCAGUCCAGUGGGAGGAGUAAGAUGGUUGAUCUUUAUGAUACACUAAACCAGGGGACAUCACAAGAAAUUAUGACUUGCAAUAAUUUGCCAAAGAACUUAAACACUGUGGAGUUGAAUCAAACAAAUGGGGAUGGUGGCCAUCUAGAACCAGGUUCCUUCUUGAAAAAAUCAACAUCAGGAAAGAAUCGACUGAGGAGUGCUGACCAUCAGGAAGUCAUAGCCAGUGACAAGAAACUUGAUCCCUCUUACAAUAUAUGUCAGGCAUCUCUAAACAAUGCAAGCCUGUGGAAUUGUUUUGGUAAUGCAAAUGUCACAGCAAAUGGUGACAUACAUUCCUUGGUUGAAAUGGAGGAAAACCUGGACAAGGAUCUGGAGGAAGCACAAGAGCAUAGGAGAAGGUGUGAAAUUGAAGAAAAAAAUGCUCUAAAAGCUUAUCGUAAAGCACAGAGGGAACUGCUUCAGGCCAAUGUUAGGUGUACUGAUCUAUAUCGUCAAAGAGAACUAUAUUCUGCCAACUUGCGGUCUUUUAUUAUGGACAAUUCCAGUUUGAUAUGGUCCUCAAGGCAGAAUGAACAAGCUGGAAUUGGGUUGGAUCUCGCUAAUAACGUGUCUGAAAAUGUGGAUCUAAUACCUACCUCUGGCCAUCAGAUGCAUCCUGAGGAUGAUGGUUGUAACCCAGCGGCUUGUGAUUCAAACAUCCAAUGUGUUAACAAUGCUCGUAUUCACGCAUCAUACAAGCAUUUAAGCGAACAAAACAUGGGGACAGAACCAUGCAGUGAACCAGAUUCUAGCACAUCAGAGCCAGUGCCUCUUCUGGGAAAUAAUGGUGCAGAUGGAAUUUGCUCUCCAUCCAAUGAACUAAAUAAUUCAGCAGAUGAAGAUGAAGAUGAAGCGAGAUUUUCAUUUGAAAAUGAAUCAGUCCAACCUAACGUUCUAUGUCAUAAAAACACAGAUUUUGGAAACAAGCAAAAGGAAAUAGAUAAGGAAUCAAAUAGAAAAAUGUCUAUUGAUAGCCCCCAGGAUCCUGUGCUUCUUGAAAGAAUGUUGAGGUCUAAACUAUUUGCAACCCUAGGGACAAAAACCUUGUCAAAGAAUAGUAGUUCAUGUAAUAACACGGAGGUUCUAGUGGAACGUGGGGCUGAAAAUGAUGUCAGAAGUGAAAAACCCCAAGAAAUUAAAGGGAGCUUUCCCUUCUCUGAAGGGGAAAGGAAUCAUGAAGGCACUGAUGGGCAAGAAAAAAGUUCCUCUGAGGCUCCUCUUGAGAUCCAAAGAGAGCACUCCGUCGAAAAUAUUUUUGUGAACUCCCACUCGAAUUCAUAUUCUGAGGAUAGGCUUUACUUGAGUGGUAAUAUCUUGAGGAGUACUUUUGGGUAUAUGAAAGUCAUUUGCCCAAAAGAUUUGAUAAAACAUCAAGCUAUAAGUCAACAGAGUCCUUCUUGUAUCAAUUCUGAAAAAGUCCAGUUUAGCAAUGUUAUGGUUGAACCACUGAAAGAGACUCUGGUGAAAUUAGCUAGAAGAGAAGUUGGCACUUAUAGCACUAGUCCUGCUGUUGAUCCCUUUUGGCCACUCUGCAUGUAUGAGCUUCGAGGAAAAUGCAACAAUGAUGAGUGCCCUUGGCAACAUGUUAAAGACUACUCUAACACAAAUAUGCAUCAACAUCAGCAUGACAAUUCUGGUAGUGCUGAUUGUCAGGUUGGAUUAACAUUGCAUAAAAAAAAGUGUGAUGAUUCAACGAAAGUCCCCUGGUAUAACAAUGCUAUGACUUCACCAACUUAUCUCGUUGGCUUAGGGAUUAUGAAAGCUGAGCUGCAUUCAUAUGAACCUGUUCUAGCGCGGAGAAAUGGUCAAUGGUGGAAGAAGUGUUUCAGCCUUUUCUUAGUGUUGUCAAAUUUGUUUCGGAAAGAUGUUCCUGAAGAUGUCCCAUUCUUGCAUGGAAAUGACGGUCACAUGGAGUUCCCUGUGAGUUGGAACAGACAGUCAUCAUAUUUUCAGAGUAGUAACAGCGGAGUGAGUCAACUCACACAAGCUUUGGCUGACAAUGAUCAAUAUCUGGAAAUGGCUCUUUUAAUUUUCAGCCAGGAGGCUAAUGAACUUGAGGGUCUGAGGAAGGCUCUCCCUGUGCUGUCACGAGCUCUUGAGGCUGAUCCAACAUCCAUUAUUCUCUGGAUUUUUUAUCUGCUUAUUUACUAUAGCAAUAUGAAGUCAGUAGGGAAGGAUGACAUGUUCUCUUGUGCGGUCAAAUACAAUGAUCGAUCUUAUGAACUUUGGCUCAUGUGCAUCAACAGUCGGAUGCAGCUUGAUGACCGAUUGGUAACGUAUGAUGUCGCUCUCUCAGCACUGUGCCGUCAUGCUACUGCUUCCGACAUAGAUGGAACGUAUGCUAGUGCAUGCACCUUAGACCUAUGUUUGCAAAUGAUGGACUGUCUAUGCAUGUCUGGUAACAUUGAGAAGGCCAUUCAGAAAAUUUUUCGACUCUUCCCCACUGCCACAAAUUUUGAUGAGCCUAACUCUCUGUCGCUCUCUGAUAUACUCACAUGCCUAACUUUUUAUGACAAAUGUAUAUUAGGGGUUUGUUGUGUUUACUUGGUUAUUUACAGGAAACUUCCUGAUGCUGUAGUGCGACAGUUUGAAUGUCAAAAAGAACUCUUUGAAAUUGAAUGGCCUUCCAUUCAAUUAAUGGAUAAUGAGAAGCAAAGGGCUACCAAGCUGAUGGAAACAGUAGUAGAUUCUGUAGAUUCAUACAUGAAAAUUGAAUCACUUGAAAAAAGUGAGUUUAAUAUCAGAGUGGCACAUUUUUUUGCUCUCAACCACUUAAGGUGCAUGGCAGCUCUUGGCAGCUUAGAAAGAUGUGGCCACCUCUUGGAUAAAUAUCUUACUUUGUACCCAUCCUGCGUAGAACUUGUUUUAAUAUCAGUGCGGACACAUAAACAUGAUCUUGGGGAUUCACAUUUUGAGAGAUUUGAAGAAGCCCUUAGUAACUGGCCAAAAGAAGUCCCUGGAGUCCAGUGUAUUUGGAAUCAAUAUGUUGAGUAUGCCCUUCAGAAUGGAAGAUAUGAUUUUGGUAAAGAAGUUAUGGACCGCUGGUUUCGUUCUGUUUGGAAGGUUCACUAUCUUCAAAUUGGUACGUUGGAUGAAAUGAAUUGUGAUAACUCCGAUAGAUCCCAAGGAUUGGCUUCAAAUUCAAUUCAGCAGACACUCAGUUCCAAUCCGAAGCAGAUGGACAUAAUGUUUGGAUAUCUUAAUCUCUCUCUGCAUAACCUCUUACAGAAUGACCACAGUGAAGCGCGCUUAGCCCUUGACAGAGCAUUGAAUGCUGCUGUUCCUGAAUAUUUUAAGCAUUGCGUAAGAGAACAUGCGCUGUUUAUGCUCACUGAUGAAUCACUGUUAAAGGAGAAUGGUUCUAUCAGUGGCAUACAGAAGAUUUUGGAGCAAUAUUUAGGUGAUGCUCCGGCUUUCACUACCUCUGAGCCAUUAUCUAGAAAAUUCGUUAACAACAUCAAGAAGCCAAGAAUCCGGCAGCUGGUUAGUAAUGUAUUCAGUCCAUUAUCAUCUGAUUUUUCUGUGGUAAAUUCAGUUCUUGAAGUGUGGUAUGGACCAUCUCUUUUACCAGAAAAGUUCAGUGAGCAAAAAAAUCUGGUGGAUUUUGUUGAAGCCAUCUUGGACAUAACUCCAUCCAACUAUCAGCUAGCUAUUUCUGUAUGCAAGAUGUUAAGCAGUGGCAGCAAUGCCGGUGAUGUUACAUCUCUCAGUGCUUUGUUUUGGGCUAGCUCGAACUUGGUCAGUGCAAUCUUUCAUGCUGUCCCAAUUCCACCAGAGUACGUAUGGGUUGAAGCUGCAGAGGUUUUGGGAAAUAUUGCCAGUGUUGAGGCUAUUUCUGAGAGGUUUUACAAGAGAGCUUUAUCUGUAUAUCCAUUUUCCGUGAAGUUGUGGAAGUCCUAUUCGAUCCUUUCUAUGAUGACUACAGGAAAUACGAACGCUGUUGUGGAAGCAGCAAAAGAAAAGGGCAUAGAACUUGGUUAAGUUUCUUUCUUACAUGUGGGUUUAGCUGUCUGGUUGGAUCAGCAUUUGGUAAAAGCUUUCUUGGCCAGUUUUGAUUACAAGUAGUAUGUGGAGUACUCGGUUUGUAGAUGAUAUGGUGCUAGUUUUGACGUCUGUGGCAAGUUGAUUUUCCCAUUUUUGCUAACAGGGAAGUGGUUGUGAGAGGUUAAUGUGGAAUUAGGAAGUACAGAAGCUUGUACAGGAUAGCAAUACAAUCAAACAGGUUAUAGCUUUCACCCACUUUAAAGUGAUACAGGCAUGAGAUUCAGUGACAUUUUGGAUUUAGUGGUUUACUUAACUCCUUAGGUUUAAGUAGUUGUCUUUUCCAGAUUCUUAGUAUUGUCUUACUUCAUACAAUCUGUGGAUUAAUUGUAACUACCAAAUAUUAUUGUACUUGAAGUAGAGAAAUGAAAUGAAUAUGAGUUUAGUUUUCUUUUUA